CAAAGCUGGAGAAAACGACCAAAAUGCCUUCAGCAUAAACAACUCCAAGGAUCUCCCAGCACAGGUCGGUGUGCCGCUGAAAGACAGGCCUGGGUGUAGGGUUCACUCAGUGCCAGAGGUGGGUGCUCGCCGCGGGGAGACAAGCCGGACCAGGCUUCACUGGCUGUCCCAGCCGUCCAAGAAGGAUGGAUCAGCCAUCACCAGACGGGCUGCUCUUCAGAGACCAUGACUUCUCCUCUGACUUGUUGAGGCAGCUCAACGGCUUCAGACAAAGCGGGCUCCUGACAGACGUGAGCAUCUGUACCAGCACCCAGGAGGUGCCUUGCCAUCGCAACGUGCUGGCUUCCAGCAGUCCCUACUUCAGGGCCAUGUUCUGCAACAACUUCAAGGAGAGUCGGGAGACCAAAGUCCAGCUGAAAGGCGUGGACGCCACCACUCUGGAGCAGAUCGUGCUGUACGUGUACACCGGGGAGGUGUCCAUCACAGCCGAGCGCGUCCACCCCCUGAUGGAGGCGGCCGCCAUGCUGCAGUACCCCAAACUCUUCGAGGCCUGCUCUUCAUACCUCCAGAGCCAGCUGACCCCCAGCAACUGCCUGGGCAUGCUCAGGCUCUCUGAGAUCUUCAGUUGUGAGACCCUCAAGGAGAAAGCCAGGCAGAUGGCUCUGAGGUAUUUCCCAGAGGUGGCCUCCUCGGCCGACCUGAAGGAGCUCUGUGCCUUGGAGUUGCGAGACUACCUGGCGGACGAUGGCCUCUGUGGGGAGGAGGAGAAGGUUUUUGAGGCUCUCAUGGUUUGGGUCAACCAUGACCUUGAGACCCGGAAGUGGCACCUGCAGGAACUGUUGAAACAGGUCAGGCUUCAGUACAUCCACCCAGCCUUCUUCGCCCACUUCAUCACCAGCAAUGCCCUCCUGCAAACCUCACCUGCAUGCCGGGCCAUCCUGGAGGCAGCCAAGAGGCACAUAUUUUCUUUGUACGGCCCCGGUGCCCCAGACCUCAAACCGCUGUGCCACGUCCCUCCCAGAAACUCUUACCAAGAUUUCCUUAUCCUCUUGGGUGGGAGGAAAGAUAGCCAGCAGACCACCAGGGAUGUCCUGCUCUACAACAGCCAGAGCGGCCAGUGGCAGGACCUGGCCAAACUCCCGACCCGGCUGUACAAGGCCUCAGCCGUCCCUUUGCACCGCAGCAUCUACGUCCUCGGGGGCAUGGCCGUCAGGGCAGGGAAGAGUCUGCUCAGCCCCAAUGUUUACAUCUUUUCCCUGAAACUCAACCAGUGGCGGCUGGGGGAACCCAUGCUGGUGGCCCGCUACUCCCACAGGAGCACGGUCCAUCAGAACUUCAUCUUCUCCAUUGGGGGACUUGGAGACAGGCAGGAGGUCAUGAGCUCCAUGGAGCGGUUUGACAGCAUCUGCAACGUCUGGGAGAGGAUGGCCAGCAUGCCAGUGGGCGUGCUCCACCCUGCGGUGGCUGUGAAAGACCAGCGACUCUACCUCUUCGGGGGAGAGGAUGUCCUGCAGAACCCCGUGCGCCUCAUCCAGGUGUAUCACAUUUCCAGGAACACGUGGUUCAAAAUGGAGACAAGAAUGAUCAAGAACGUGUGUGCCCCCGCCGUGGUGCUCGGGGGACAGAUUGUCAUUGUGGGAGGUUACACGCGGAGGGUUCUCGCAUACGACCCUCAGUCCAACACCUUUGUCAAGUGCGCGGACCUGAAGGACCGGAGGAUGCACCACGGGGCCACGGUGCUCGGGAGCAAGCUCUAUGUGACGGGGGGCCGGCGGCUGACCCCGGACUGCAGCAUCGAGGACUCGGACUCCUUUGACUGUUAUGACCCCGAGACGGACUCGUGGACCUCCCAGGGACAGCUGCCUCACAAGCUCUUUGACCACGCCUGCCUCACUCUGCAGUGCAUACCCCACCCCUCCACCUGCCCAUGAGCUGGGUGCAAGCCCCCGCGGUCCUACACAAAAUCCCCGUGGUGGCAAGUGCAUGGAAACCAAAAGAGCAAAGAAAGCAACCAACCAAAUCCCUGGCCUUCGAGUGGAUUGUGACCCAUGGCGACCCCGGGUGUGAAAGACUGGACCUGUGCGCCUCCCGGGGAUGGCCCGAAGCAGAGUGCCACUCCUUUCUUCCGCAGUGCCACUGGCUGGGGUCAAACCGCCAUCCUUUAGUGUGCGGAGAGCAAAUCGUUUGUGCCUCGAGGACUCAGGUGGGCCUGACCCAAGCCAAGGUAUUGUCAACCGUCUCCUGCGCGUGUGGAAGUUGGACAUGGAUUAAGAAAGACUGCAGAAGAAAAGGUGCCUGUGGAUUGUUGUGCUGGGGAGACUCUGGAGAGGACCACUGGACUGCCCAGAGGACGGGCAGAUCUGUCUUAGAAGAAGGACGGCCAGGCAAGGAUGGUGAAACUUGGCCUCAUGGACGUUGGACACGUUGUUAGGAGAGACCAGUCCCUGGAGAAGGACCUCGUGCUCUGUCGAGUAGAGGGGCAGUGAA